ACGCGUUCGUUACCGAAAGUGCAAGAAGAGAGUAAAAUGUCGGACAUUUUUCUAUAGAGAUUUGGGAAUUUCUCUUCUGCUUUUCUUUAAAUAUCCGGAUUUGCGGUACUUACCGAUACGCUAUCAAUGGAAAACCGUCUCCAAACACGGUGAAGCUGGUUAUUUUAUGGGAUUCACUAUGGGAUUCGCUCCAAGCUUUCCAAUCAAAACGCAACCGACGAACUUCGAGUCAGUGGAAGCGUUUGACGCUUCAGGGCGACGGCACGAACAUUAUCAUCAGAAGAAAGAUGUGACACAGUUUGAAAGUUUGACCAGCAAGUUCUUUCAGCGCUACGUGGAGGAGAGACAAAAUGCCCAAGAAGCUAAAGCAAAAUUUAACGACCUGGUGGGUUUGGCGGCCCGCUUCCCGCAGUGGCACGAGAGCGACAUCGCCGACUUCCGGACCCAGUUCCUGUCCUUCGAUUUGAACCACGACGGCCUGAUAGACUUCCCCGAACUUGACACAGCCUUAACCGAGUUAGGGGAUAAAUCUCCAUAUCACGUCCGCAAACAAAAAUUCGACGAGAUUGAUGUCGACCACUCAGAUAGUAUCGACUUUGAAGAGUUUCUCCACUUGCUGGACAGUGUGAUGAUGUCAUCGGAAGGAGGCAUCUCCGACGCCAUCGGCGACAUGUGCAAACGGGAGACCCAGAACGCCAACACCAUACGUCACCUGACGCUCGAACAACAAAUGGAAGCCGGGUUGUUCUAAUUAUUGGCGGAUGGA